CUCAGUAUUUUAUUAUGUGUUCAACAGACGACAUCUAAAUUUUAAAAAUAAUUGUGUUUUAUUUUGGUUCUCAGUUGAGCAUUUAAAACAUAAAAAAAAGAAAAACAUUGGCCCCGAAUCGGAUAAAGACACCAAGGAGAGAAUAGAUUAAUUAUCGCAACGAUGGGCAGAAAGGCGGCGCAGUCUCAAGGAUCUCUGAGAUUUCCGGGUGGUCAGGGCUCACAGGCGUCCGCAGUUUGCCAAGAACCCGACUUGCUGAACACGUUUGCGGAGGGGCCGCCCACCAUGUACCAGUGGAUGCGAUGGAACAACUGCAAGACCAACAAGCCGCACCUGGAGGAAACCUAUCCGAGCAUUCGACCACCGAUCUCCAAAUGCGACGAGGGCAAGACCCUGCAGUACAUCGAUGACGCCAUGGAGGCCAACAAGUGCUUGAGGCUCUUCGACUACGAGAAGGAGGAUGUUGUGACCACGUGGAAUUACAUUCCCCAGAAGGAGACUCUGGGAUGGUAUGGCGUUGGACCGUCGGGCUACCCAACUCCACAGGCUGCCUUCUACAACCGAAUCCUGAAGAAGAGUCUAAAGGCGGCUAGUCUUUUGCCCAAACCGCCCAAAAAGUCGAACAUUAAGCCCAAGUGGCAGCUUAAGAAGAAGUCCCUUGAACCCAGCGGCGCCUACGUUCUGAAUGAGGCCUGCCUGAAGGCCAAGCUGGACAAGAUGCCCAAUGUGAAGCGCCAGCUGAAGUCGAGCAACGCCUUCUCCUGGCUGCACUGCCCACAGCCAGCAGAUCCCGAGCAUCCGUUUGAGGACAACGCCGGCUUUCCGGCGAUCAGCAGGGAAGAAGCCAUGGACAUGGCCAGGCCGGAGAAACCUCCGAAGCAUGGCCUGCGUCGUAAGCACUGGUACUGCCCUCCGAAAUGCGGCGAGGCGGAGAGCAAGUGCACCGACUACGAGUGGGCCAAGUACAAGCUGGAUCCACGACCCUACGACACAGCCUUUCAACGGGAAAUGGAUGCCCGGCAGGAGGUCAAGGAGCCCGAGCCCCGAAACUACGAUGAGCUAUACAAGUCCCUGGUGACCUGCUUCGUACAGGACCCGAAUGGCCAGAACGAACUCUGUGAGGCACUCGAGAAGUGCUGCAAGGAUCCCAAGGACCCGCCAUCCCAGGGAUGCAGCGAGUUCGUCCCGGAUGGCGUUGGAGGAGAUGGUGAGUCGGGUAGAGAUAAGGACAGGGUUAAAGAUAAGGAUGGGGACAAGGACAAAGACAAAGACAAGGACAAAGACAAGGACAGGGACAAAGGGCAAAAUGGUGACAGUGAGGGUGACGGUGAAGGUGGAGCUGGCGGUGGAGGUGACAAAGGUGAUGGUGGCAAGGGCGAGGGCGGACAGGGAAAGGGGGAUAAAGGAAAGGGUGACGGGGAGGAGGGCGAUGGCGGAGACGGGAAAAAAGAUGGUGGAAAAGUUAAGGAUAAGGAUAAAACCAAGGACAAGGGUGACAAAAAAAUUAAAGUGCCGGAACAAAGAUCUUCAGAGGAGGAACAUCCUUCAAAGUCGCGAAGUGCAGAUUCCAAUCCCGAGACCAAUGAAAAGACAGAUGGCAAUGGCGAUGGCCUUGGCGGCAAAGAUGGUGGCGGUGGCGACUUGGACAAGGACAAGGAUAAAGACAAGGAUAAGAAAAAGGGGAAAGAUAAGGACAAGGGAAAGGACAAGGGAAAGGGCAAGGGCAAGGGUCAUGGAGACAAGAAAAAACCCAAGCCAACAAAGGAUAACGAUAAGGAUGGCCAGAAGAUCAAGGAUUGCCCGUGCGAAAUCUGCUGUCCUGUGAAAGAGGAGGAUUCCCCGCUGAUCAAGGAGAUGCGCCGAAGGGAUCGCGAACGCCAAGUCCGGGACUAUCUUCGCCAGAUGCGCCACCGCCAGUACAUGGAGUGCAAGGAUCACCAGUACCCAGCUCCGCACCACAAGUGCAAUGCCAUCGAGUGCAGCGGCCUGUUCUGCAGCAAUCCCCGCAUGCAAACGCAUUUUGGCCGGGUUCAAGCCGUUCAGCAGGUGCAGAGUGCCCUGCAGUGGAGGAAUCGGCGGGGCGAUGACAAAAUUUGCAAGGAUCUGGACGGACUGUUGACCCGCCUGUGCAACCGCCUGACCAAGAGUGGUGGCCAGUGCGAAUGAUUCUGCCCACGUGCCCUGUGUGUUUGAGAAGUUCCCUUUUGCAUAUUGUGUGUGGAUUCGUGCAAGUGUUAUUAGUGUUUUGUGCUGAUUUAAAGCGAUCUUAAUUGUGUGCUUUAAAUAAAAUCGUAUAAAUAGCUGA